CAUCACAACAAACAUAGGCAUUCGAUCGCCACUUCUAUUUGCUUGUCGUCGUUGCCUGCCCAGGCAUUUAAAAUUCAGGGACACUGACGGAAUACGCAGUAAAUACUGACGGUAUAGACUACCGCAAAUACUGAUCAUGUUGCAUUCGGUUUUUAUAGGAAUUAAAGAUACAAUUUUAUCUUGCCAAACUUAUUUUAUUGACUGGACUCUAACAAGUUACACGUUCCGUAACGAAAACUUAGAAUCAAGUGCUAUGCACGAAACGACUGUCAUGCAAGUUUUUAAACUUUAUGUUUUGUGAAUUUCCCGCCAAAACUUUUGUUGUGGAUUGUGUAUCUAGGAAGUGAUUUUUUUUUGAGAAAUAUCUUUCUGCACUUUUAGUUUAAUAGGAAAUAUUAAACAGCUAGCAAUAUAAGAUGGAAAACGUUGCUCAUGAUGUUGACAACCAUUUCCGUAUGCUACAAAAAGAGUACUUGGACUUCUUGGAUGAUCAGGAAGACCAAGGAAAAUAUGCAAACUUGAUAAAGAACAUGAUAGCAGACAAAAGUCUGCGUUUGGUGGUGAAUAUAAAUGACCUAAGAAGAAAAAAUCCAUCCAGAGCACAGGCUCUCCUAACAAACGCUUUCGAAGAACAGAAAGCAUUCCAAGCAGCUUUGAAGGAAUGUGUAAUCAACUCUACUAGUGAAUUUGUUAAAGAUCAAGAGGAAUAUUUCAUAGCAUUCGAAGGCAGUUUUGGAAAAAACCAUGUUACACCUAGAACGCUCACAUCAAAGUACCUGGGGAAUCUAAUAUGUGUGGAAGGGAUUGUUACAAAGUGUUCAUUGGUACAUCCCAAAAUUGUCCGCAGUGUCCACUAUUGCCCCACUACCAAUAAAGUUAUUGAAAGGAAAUACACAGAUUUGACAUCAUUUGAUGCCUUUCCGUCAGCUGCUGUAUAUCCUACUAAGGAUGAUGAUGGCAACCCCUUAGAAACAGAAUUCGGGCUAUCUACCUACAAAGACCAUCAGACAAUUUCUAUUCAAGAGAUGCCUGAGAAGGCACCAGCAGGUCAGUUGCCACGUUCUGUGGACAUCAUUUGCGACAAUGAUUUAGUUGAUGUCUGCAAGCCCGGUGACAGAAUCCAGGUUGUUGGCAACUUUAGGUGUCUACCUAGCAAACAGGCCAAUUAUACCAAUGCUGUUUUCAGAACAAUAGUGAUAGCAAAUAAUAUAACUCAGUUAAGUAAAGAAACACAAACAGCUAUUUCAAAAGAAGAUGUCGCCAAUUGCAAGAGGCUAGCCAAAAAUAAUAAGAAUAUAUUUAAUUUACUAGCAAAAUCUUUGGCCCCAUCCAUACAUGGACAUGAGUAUAUCAAAAGGGCUAUCCUUUGUCUCCUUCUUGGAGGAGUAGAAAAAGUACUACCAAACGGUACGAGACUCAGAGGCGACAUCAACAUAUUGUUGAUAGGAGAUCCUAGUGUUGCAAAAUCCCAACUUUUGCGAUACGUAUUGCAGACGGCGCCCAGAGCGAUUCCGACUACUGGUAGAGGAUCUUCAGGCGUUGGUUUGACAGCUGCUGUCACCACAGAUCAGGAAACAGGCGAGAGAAGAUUAGAGGCCGGUGCUAUGGUACUAGCUGACCGAGGCGUCGUGUGCAUUGAUGAAUUCGACAAAAUGAGUGAUAUUGACAGAACUGCCAUUCACGAGGUGAUGGAACAAGGUCGUGUCACUAUCGCUAAGGCCGGUAUACACGCCAGCCUGAAUGCUAGGUGUUCUGUUUUGGCAGCUGCCAAUCCCGUCUAUGGAAAGUACGACCAGUACAAAACACCCAUGGAAAAUAUUGGUCUGCAAGAUUCCCUUCUGUCACGUUUCGAUUGCCUGUUUGUUAUGCUAGAUUCCAUUGAUGAAGAUCAAGAUUUGAAAAUCUCCGACCAUGUUGUAAGGAUGCAUAGAUACAGGAACCCCUUGGAACAAGAUGGCGAGCCUUUACCACUAGGCAGCAACGUGGACAUUCUGAGUACCAUCAACCCGGACGAUGAUGAUCAGAAAAAGACGGAUGUGUUCGAGAAGUACGACGCACUCUUACACGGUUCGUCCAGAAAGAAAACCGAUGAGAUCCUUAGCGUCGAGUUCAUGAGGAAAUACAUUCAUUUUGUGAAGAUGUUCAAGCCUGCACUUACUGAGAGGGCUUCUGAGAUCAUUGCUGAUGAGUAUUCUAGACUGAGGUCGGAAGAUAUGCUUGACAACGAUGUCGCCAGGACUCAACCAGUGACUCCUCGAACCUUGGAAACGAUGAUUCGUUUGGCGACAGCGCAUGCUAAAGCUCGUAUGUCAACGACGGUCACUGCCCAGGAUGCUAACGCGGCUAUCGAGCUGGUACAGUACGCGUACUUCAAGAAAGUGCUCGAGAAAGAGAAGAAACGGAGGAAGAGAGGAGAGGAAGAAUCUUCUGAGGAUGAAGACGACGAUGAUGAUCAGCAUAGGAAGAGAACCAGGGCGGGAAGAUCAACUGGUGGAGCAGAUUCCGAUGACGAGAUGCCAUCUACCCAAUCAUCAACAAGGAGCACAAGGACCACCAGAAGCGCCAGGAAUGAGACCAUAACCGAAGAUGUCACCGUCAAUGGAAUCAACGGUCACCACGAGGAGAGAUCUCAAGGAGACAGUGAGCCGAUGGAUGAUGAUAGCCCGGUAGAAAUCAGUGGAGAAAGAUUAUCAUCAUUCAGAAGCAAUUUGAACAGGGCAUUCAGAGAAAGCAGAACACAGUCUUUGAGCGUCAACAGAAUCAGAGAGUUUGUCAAUACAGACAACGCCUCACCAUAUACGAACGGCGAAAUGACAGCUGCGCUCAACAGAAUGACAGAUGACAACCAAGUUAUGGUUGCUGAUGGAAAUGUAUUCCUUAUUUAAUUCUUUACAGAGUUAUAAUGGACUAGACGUGGAUGAAAACAGGAAUGGUAUUCCCGUUAGUAAGCGAACAUUACCGUAGAGUGAUAUAGUGUAUGAUUUUGCACUCUUCUGUUUGCUAUGGACUGAUUGACAUGUACUGUCUGAUAAGUCACUUUGAUUUUAAGUAAUUCGUCGUAUCUACAUUGCUUUCGGUACCAUUAUUGUAUAAAGCAAGUCACAUAUACUUUUUUUUUAAUUUGAUUGUUUCAUGGUGUGUAUAGAGAUGAUUAAAAAUAUUUAAAUCAUUUUUUUUAAAUGCACUUAUGGUGCAUUUUCUCUUCAAUCCUAACUUUUUUUUGAAGCAAAACAGCAUACAAUUUUAAACACAUUUAUGGAAAUUUAUCACUCUUAUUCAGAUGAAUGAGUCAUUGUCCAACAACAUAAGCUUUAUACUUUUUUAAUGCAUCUUUACACACAAUCAUGAGCAUACUCAUGUAUUUUUUAAACUCAACCGUUAAUGUAUCGUGUUUAUUUAUAUAUCUAAACACGGAAAAAUUGUACAAUUUUAUACAUGUG